AUGGUGGAGAUCGCUGGGGUUCUGGCGGUUCGGCACAGUCGUUCGGAUACUACGAUAACCGAGGUGGGAGUGGGGGAUACGACCAAGGUCGCAAUGACUACAAUCAGAGUGGAGAAUACGGAGAGGUUACCGGACAGUGGGGUAACUAUGGCUAUAAUCGGGAUGAUCGUGGUAGUAGUGGAGGACGAGAUGGUCGCGUGUACUGUGGAGGGGGUCGAGGUGAACGUGGUGAUACGCGCUCUCGUGGAGAUCGCGAACAGCGUAGCUGUAAUGGCCGUACUGGUGACCAGCGACCCCGUGAAGGGGGAUGUCGUCGUGAAGAUGAUCGGCGUGCUGGGGAUUAUGAUGGUCGAGGUCGCGGAGGAAACAAUGAACAAUCGAUAUGGUGGUGGUAACAAUCGACGUGGCGAUGACGGUCCAGACGCUGAUCUUGAAGUUUCAUCCAAAGAUCCAGAAAUGCCUCAGGUGGUGGAGUUCUGUUCUCGUCCCGUGGCUCCUGCUCGCAGUGGCAGCACGACCCCACUUAUGAUUAACUACUUUAAACUGACCAUUGACAAGGGCCCGCUCCAGAUUUUCAAGUACCAUGUGACCGUGGAUCUUUCGCACGACGAUGAGUCCAAGUAUGGCCCUGCGGCUUCUAAGCAAGAGGGCGAUGCGGUUAGUGACGUUGAUGCAGCAAAGGACAGUAUUCGUUCGAGUUCGGAGCGUCCACCGCGUCCACUACAACGUGGACUGGUGAGCCGCGUGGUGAAUGCUGUACAGAGGCAAUUUGACGACGACUAUGACGGAGUUCGGGUAGUUAACGAUGGAAUGGCUGCCUUAUAUUCGCCAACGCAGAUCCAUGGGGCACGAAUGUGA